GCAUCAUCUAGGUCGAAUAUAAUGACUUGAAGUCUUUAAAAGACAAGGAAAAAAAAGAGAGAAGAAGAAGAGUAAUUGAAUGUUAAUGAUGAUGAUUCAUUCGAGAUGAGCGGCGACGGAGAGAAACCGGCGCCGGCGAAACUAGGCGACGAACAGCUGGCGGAGCUUCGGGAGAUAUUCAGAUCAUUUGACCAGAACAAAGAUGGGAGCUUGACGGAGCUCGAGUUAGGCUCACUUCUAAGAUCUCUCGGUUUAAAGCCGAGUCAAGACCAGCUCGACACCUUGAUCCAUAAAGCUGAUCGGAACAACAACGGGCUCGUCGAGUUCUCCGAGUUCGUCGCCCUCGUCGAGCCGGAUCUUGUCAAGUGUCCUUACACGGAUGAGCAGCUUAAAGCCAUCUUCAAAAUGUUCGAUCGCGACGGAAACGGUUACAUAACGGCUGCUGAGUUGGCGCACUCGAUGGCGAAGCUAGGUCACGCGUUGACGGCGGAGGAGCUAACCGGGAUGAUCAAGGAAGCAGAUCGAGACGGCGACGGUUGUAUCGAUUUCCAAGAGUUUGUUCAGGCGAUCACUUCAGCUGCAUUUGAUAAUGCUUGGGGUUGAAGAAACUAAAAAGGUAUAUCUAUAGUUUGAAAUAUUUGUAUUUUUUUUUUGUUGGCUUCAUCCGACAUUUGUAAGUAUAUGUUUGUAUGUAGGCGUGUGAUAAUACCAAUUAAUGGAAGAUAUUUGUGUGUUAUU